UUUUAAGCUUACUUUUACACAAAAAUAAUUUAAAAGUAUUUUUCAAAAACUGGGUGGGUUACAACAAAAAGACCUAGGGCUGUUCAAUGGAGUGGUUGCUCGAUUUCCGACAUGACAGAAGGAGAGAGACAGCGUUAUACAGAAUUAGUGAAAUCGAAGGAGAGCAAUUUUUGCCAGAUGUUGAGGUUGAGUUUUAUUAAAAGUUGAAGUUUCGUGUGAAAAUUUUCUUCAGAAAUUAACUGUUUUUUAUAUGAUAGAUAAAUAAUAGUUGUAGAAUUCGUUUUAUAUAUAAAAGACGUGUAUUAAUGUGUGACUGUGAUAAUACAUUGAAUUAUAAUAGUGCUGACUGAAAUUAAGUUAAAAUGGCGAUUUGAAGAGCAAUGGUGGACAUAUGAAACUUUUCUACAUUAGGAACCUUCACAAUGGAAGACACUUCUCUAAAUCUACAAAACGGCGGACAAAUGGGGCCCCAAGGCGGUUCUGUAGUCAAUAAUAAACAAAAUGAAGAUGUUAAUCCCAAGGCUCAUUAUUCUAUACCGGGUAUCUUACAUUUUAUUCAACACGAAUGGGCUAGGUUCGAAUUAGAAAGAUCACAAUGGGAGGUUGAUAGAGCUGAAUUACAAGCUCGAAUUGCAUUUCUUCAGGGAGAACGAAAAGGUCAAGAAAAUUUAAAGAAUGAUUUGGUGCGACGUAUCAAGAUGCUGGAAUAUGCUUUGAAACAGGAAAGAGCCAAAUUCCACAAAUUAAAAUAUGGCACAGAGUUGCAACAAGGUGAUAUGAAACCACCUGUGAUAGAUGAGUCUAGUGAAUCUCAAAUAGACAGUGACCAAUCCUAUGUGUCAGUAUCAAAUUCUACCUGGAAACAAGGAAGGCAACUCUUACGGCAGUAUUUGCAAGAGAUAGGUUAUACUGAUCGAAUAAUUGAUGUAAGAUCGACGAGAGUUAGAUCUCUACUAGGUUUGAAUAAUAAUAAUGCUGAUCAAGAGGACAACCAAAAUGGUAGUGGCAUUAAUACCAAUGAGUCAAACAAAAGGGCUAGUGAAACACAAGGUAGGAGAACUCCUGCGAAAAAGGCUCAACCAAGCUCUCUAGCAGAAGCUAUGAUAUUAGAUACCGAAGCUGCUGUGAUGGCAAAUUUAGACUUUCUGUCCAAUACCGAUGUCGACAUGGAUGAUGAUGAUGACAUGAGCGAUGAUGUCGAUAUUGAACCAUCAGAUGAUAUUGAAGACGACGUCAAGUUGGGCAAAAAAGAUAAAAUGGAUAAUGAUUUAGGUUUAGGCGAUGAUGUUGAUGCAAUAGCCUUAGAAGUGUUCAACGAACUCAAUAGACUUUCCGAAGCAGAGAAAAAACAAGACAGUAAAACUGAACAAGCUGAUUGGAACAAAGCCAAGAGACCUAUAGGAAUGAACGAUGAAGACAAUGUAGAUUCAACACUUGGUUUGGGGGAAUUAGCUCAGUUAACUGUUAACAAUGAUGCUGAAUCAACAUAUGAUAUUGCUAGUAGUAAGGAGGCGUUCAGAAAGACCUGGAAUGCUAAAUAUACAUUGCGCAGUCACUUUGAUGGUGUAAGAGCUUUAGCUUUCCAUCCAACAGAACCACUUUUGAUAACAGCUAGUGAAGACCAUACUUUAAAAUUGUGGAAUCUUCAAAAGACGGUUCCAGCAAAGAAGAGUGCGUCAUUGGAUGUAGAACCACUAUAUACAUUUAGGAGUCAUACAGGUCCCGUUCUUUGCUUAGCUAUUUCGGGAACUGGAGAGCAUUGCUAUUCAGGAGGAUUAGACGGCACUAUAAAUUGUUGGAAUGUUCCUAAUUCCAACAUCGAUCCAUACGAUUUGUAUGAACCUGAUGUUUUGAAUUCUACGCUUCAUGGUCAUUCGGAUGCUGUUUGGGGAUUAGCGGUUUUAAAUUCUAAACAGCAGCUAUUGUCUUGUUCUGCCGACAAAACAGUCAAAUUGUGGGCGCCGCAUUCUAAGCAACAAUUGUUGUCAACCUUUAUUUCGGAUAUAGACGGCAUUCCUUCAAGUGUUGCUUUUGUUAGGGACGAACCCAAUCGAAUUGUGGCAUCUUAUUCUAGUUUAAACUGUGUCAUAUUUGAUACGGAAACCGGAAAACCUGUAACUCGUUUAGAAUCCACUGCCCCUGAUGGUGUAAAUAGCCGUGCUAGACAAAUAAACAAGGUUGUUUGUCAUCCAACACUACCUCUAACCAUCACUGCUCAUGAGGACACACACAUUCGAUUUUGGGAUAACCAUACUGGAAAAAUGGUGCAUUCAAUGGUUGCCCAUUUGGACGCUGUUACCAGUUUAGCUGUAGAUCCAAACGGACUUUAUAUACUUUCAGGAUCGCACGAUUGUUCAAUUCGGUUAUGGCACUUGGACAACAAAACUUGUGUGCAAGAAAUAACUGCUCAUCGUAAGAAGUUCGAUGAAAGUAUUCUAGAUGUCGCUUUCCAUCCAUCAAGGCCAUAUAUAGCCAGCGCGGGCGCAGACGGCUUGGCCAAAGUGUUUGUGUAAAAAUACAGAAAAAAUUUGUGUACUUGUGUUAAACUGUAUCUCGAACUUCUCCGUAUACUAUGAACCGUUACGAAAGUGAUUCAUAAUUAUUUGGUCAUUGCUUUUAUAAUUAUUAUAUUUUGUAGGUUAGGUGUACAUAUACCAUCAUUUUUAAUAUUUUGUAUAUAUACUCUCAAGAUCACCUUACAUAAUUAUUUUUAUCUGUAAUCGUUUGUAAAUAAGUUUAUUUAUUUCAUUGCAAGAAUUUAUUAUUUUGUGGAUAACAGUUUCAUUUCUUGUUAUGUUCCAAAGCAUUUUCAAUAUGAAUCCAGUAAAUGGGAUGGUAAUAGUUGUGUAUUAUCAGUUUCUGAGAAUUUACCGUUGAUUUUAAUAUAACUAUAAAAGAUCUAACUAUAUGAUUUUUGUUGUUAUUGUAACAUACUUAAAUAUUUCUUAUACGUCUAACGAUAUUUCUAGAUACGUCUAACGAUAUUUCUAAAUACGUCCAAUAGACACAAGUGAUAAAGAAAGUUUCAUUAUUAUUUUUGCAAUGUUUUCUUCAGAUUGUACUUGAUCUAACAGAUUUAUGCCAGUCUCAAAUUUUCAUAAGCAUCCACACUACAUUACAUAUAAAUUAAAUAAAUUUUGAAUGGAAUUUCUGAAUUUUCUGUAUGAGUUUUCUUUAAUAAUUAGUUGAGAGUUAUUGACACCACACAUUAAAAAAUAGUGUUACAGUUAUUUUAUGUUUUUAUUUCUUUGUGAUUUUUACAGACAUAUUCUUGCUGUUGAUUUGAAGAAAACCUGAAAUAUCUAUCUGAUUCAAAGGUUUAAAGAAUGCACGUGAACACUGUGGUCAUGAUGUCGAUUACGGUUGUUUUACUUCUAUAAUUGUUGUCGUUUUGGUACAUUUUGUUUAUAUUUAUUGUCGUAAGAAGAUUAAUCUGACCUUCUGUAAUCCACACGUCGACAAAUAAUAACUCAUUUUGAUUUAUUUUCUCUGUGAGAAUACAACCUUAUUUUCAGUAUCAUUUGAUCACAUUUAUCUACCUCUCCCUAUAACGGUUGUAGAAUUCAAUCGAUACAGGACAAAAAAUAUUGACUUUUGUACCGUCUUUUAGUUUUCUACAUACAGUUGAUUCUUCUGCCUUACGAUAGUAAGUACGAAAAAAUUACGAAACUAAUUUUCGAUGAAUAAUUCUGUAAUAUAAAUCAAAAACGUUUGUAAUACGAGGGUGAUUUGUAAAAAAAGGUUCCGUAUGUGCGAUGUGCUGGGAGAAAUGAGAAACUUUUAAUAAUAAAUUAGUAAAGUUAAUGAAGAAAUACUCAUUUUAAAAAUAAUCAAUACUUAUUUAUAACAUUGCAACGACCCAUUUAGUAAUCACAAGAAAAGUUCAGGUCCGGAUUAACAAAAAAAAAAAAAAAGAAAAAGUAUGUGACCUUGAAACAACACCCUGUAUAUUAAAAUUUUGAAAACUCGUCGGCACAUUUGAAAAGAGCACAAAAACUAAGUUUAAUUGCUCGCUUCAAUUCUUUGCGCAGACAAUUGAAUGACAUUAAUUUUGAACUUAUAUCGAAAUUUUUGUGUUGAAAGUUCGAGUUCUUAAAAAUUUCAACGUAAUUUCAAAAUUAAAGUCAUUGAAUUAUCUGCGCAAAAAUGGAAGCUCCAUUAAAGCUCUUUUCAAAUGUGCAAACGGGUUUUGAAAAUUUCAAUAUACAGGAUGUUGUUUCAAGGUCACAAUGGAUUUAUAAUUUUGUUUAAUCUGGACCUGGAUUUUUUUUUGUGAUUAGUAGUUUAGUGGUUUGGGUUCUAAAUGUGACAUAUGUGUACCAAAUAUCAAAAAAAUAUACAAGGUGGUUCUAAAGUUAUGGGCCCAGAAAGAAAUGGGCAAAAUCGAUAAAACACCUUGUAACUCGGUUAUAAAGUCGGUGGAGCAAUAAAUUUAUUAUGUCUAGAACGGCCUCAUUUACCCCUAUUCACCAUUCAAGUAUUUCCGUUUCUCAAUAAGUAUACUACUUCAUCUUGGCAAUAGCUACUAUGUGGCCCAGGAAAGAAAAAGGUUGAAUAUCGCUGGUUUAGAUGUUAGUAUUUGUUUGUCUUUGACUGAAACAAGUUGUAUUUCUAUUGAGUACGUAGAUAAAAGUGUAAUUAUAACGUCAGUUUAGAUUCAUAUUAUGGAUGAAGCAAUUCCAGCAUCUCGACCAAAAUAGUACAAUGUAAAUAAAACUAACGAUGAAUGUCAAUAGGUAAAAUCCAUUUUGCAUUUAAAAACGUAUCACAGCAUGAAUUUCAUAUUGGCGGUAACAAUGACCGGGACCUCCAUCUUCGAAAGCUGCCAGGCCGACACUGCGCAAUGCAGCGAUGCUAAACUAGUAGGAUAAGCGAGAGGGAGAGUUGGUGUGUAAGGCAGUGUUGCCAGAUUUCUCCCAGCACGUCACAAUUUUUCUCAGCGGCAUAGGGAACCUUUUUUGCGAAUGACCUUCGUACAACAUCGCAAGUCAUCCUCGGUGCUAUUAGUUAAUUAAGUGAGGUUGUCUAGCGAGUGAAUUCUCAUGUCGGCGUGAAUAUAGUUGAAAGGAGAGGGUCCCGAAAACAAAUAAAAUAAUGUACAAAUUCCAUGUACUUGCAGAAACUAUACAUUGCCAACAAGACAAUUCGUAAUUUGGAUAGAAAUAUUUGUAGGAAGUAUUAAAAAUUUAGAAUAAGACUGACAAAAAAAUGGCAUAUAUAUCUAAAUUAUACGAUGUAUAAUUAACUUUAUUAACAUUACAAGACCAUAAACGAGAUAUUAUUAUAGGGACGGUACCUAAAUGUAGACUAAAUCGAUUGACAUCUAUUGCUAUGGGUCUAAUGAAUCUGUAAGACAUACUGAGUAAGUACUAAUGUAAGCUAUACCGGGUGGUGAAUCGUAAAACGGGCCAUAGGAAACUCAAUGUAAAAUUCUAAACUGUUGAAUUCCUGCUUCCCUAAUUAUUUUACAUCAAAAGUAAUGAGAAAAUAUUUGUAGAGGAUUGAAAUCUGUAUUAAAAUCAAAAGUUAAAAUUGUUCUACGAUUUAAACGCAUUCCAAAAUUUUGAAAAAUAUAAUACAUCUGCCACAGUAGGUAUGUGUGUAAAAGUUAGGCCACACGUUACUAUUUAACUGACAGUGCUCACACCAUUGACUGAAUAAAAAAUAUUUAUUAUUAAUACUUUCUCCGCAACUGAGGGUAUCUUAUCAACUGUAUUGUUUUUAAACAAUAAAUGAUAAAAUAAAAAUAUUGACAGUUCAAAAAUGUGAAAAUAAUAACUUCAUUCUGACACAUUAUUGCACUGCGUGUGGCCUAAUUUUGGGCUGAAAAACUGAAAAAUGUAUUACAUUUUUACAAAAUUUCGGAAUAUGUUUAAUUCGUAGAACAAUUUUAACAGUUGUUUUCAAGACAGAUUUCAAUCAUCUACAAAUUAAUAGUUUCUAAUGUCUUUUGAUGUAAAAUAAUUAGGGAAGCAGGAGUUCAACAGUUUAGAAUUUUACAUUGAGUUUCCUAUGACCCGUUUUCCAAUUCACCACCCGGUAUAUGAAUUUACAAUAAUUUUUUUUAACAAAAAUUUCCAUAAACUGAUAAUACAAGCAAUACGUCUCUAGACAAAUUUCUAUAUUUUUAUGUACUUGUGAUAGAAUAUGAAUAUUACAUUAAAUUUUAAAGACUUAUGUAUGCAAAUCCUCUGGGGGAUUUUCUUUAUGUAUAAACUUGUUUUAGUCUAUGUAUGUUUUUCUAUUAUUUAAAAUUAAUUGUAUCCUUUUUUUCUCUUAGUUCACCAUUAUUUUCUAUAACUCUUAUCAUCGAUUAGCAGGCUUGAUCAGAGCAAUGAAAUACUACCAAGGUAAAUAAUGAGUGUCAAAAAAUUGUCCGAUUUGAAUAUCUUUACAUUAAAAGUAUAAAUAAGGGCUGAUAAGAGCAGUCAUGACAUUUUUCAAUAUUAUUUUUUAUAUAGUUUGUGGGCUCUACUUAUAUAUAGCUGUAGUCAAUGUAAAUUAGAAAUUUUUAUUUUGUAAUUUAAGUAUCGUAUAUGAAAGUGUCUCAGUAGUUGAUAAACCUUUAUUUAAACGAAUAAAAUAUAAUAAAUAGUUAGGUAGAGCUUAGGUAGAUUUAAAAAAUGUAUAGGAUUUUUGAGAAUCUAAAUCGAAUAUUAAGAAUGUGUAAAAUAUCUAAUUGUUUCAUUACCUUCUAUACACGAAUACAAUGUCCAGUUACACAGGUUAAAAUAUUCAAUAUUCGUUGAGAGGAAUUUUAAACUUGACAUAUGCAAUAUUUUUGUCACAAACAUAUAUUGCGGUCAAUAUGGUUUUAUUUAUUUGGUAUAAACAAGCUACAAUAGAGUCUCUAGUUAUUCAAAUAUGAGGACUGGUUUUUUGAUUAUAUAAAUUUAAAGUCUGUAAAAACUACGCAGUCUAAUAAAUCAUUAAAUAUUCACACGUCCAGAGUGUACAAGGUUUUUUUUUCUUUUCUUAUUGGCUAAGUCACGAUAGAUAAUAAAUUACUGUUUGCUACAAUAUCCCAAAGUACAUAUAAUAACAUUAUGUACAAGUGCGCACAUAUAAUACUUAUGCACGCACAUUUCGCACAUAUAUACAGUUCACCAAGAAUAGCUGAAAGUCUGAAAUUCUAACUGCCUGCGCGAACAAUGAAGUGAGAACGCACUCGGAAGGAAAAAGAUAGCCUGUACGCGCGGGUCAACUUUAAAAUAUAGGUACAGUCGGAGACACAAAUAUAGAAACGUAAAGUUUGAAUAGUUUCUAAUAGGUCCCGUACACAAUUAUUAUUACUGUCAUUACUUUUCUUCAGUAUAUUUGUAGUAUUUUUUUACAAAGUGAGAUGUAAUAAAAUAGAUCCAACAAAAACCGCUUGUGUUGCUAUAAAUUAUGGCAUUAUAAACCAAAAAUUAUAUUUUUAUAUUGACUAUUUAUACUUUACAUUACCAUUAUAUUGACCAAAAGGUUUCGGAGAAAAAGGGCGUAAGCAGUAGGGUAAUAAAGUAGUAAUAAAAUCGUCUAUUGCAAUACUAAAUAGAAAUUAGAUGUUCGGUCCCGGUGAAGCAUAAAUAUGGUGUCUUUGUACCAGUACUUUUUGUUAAAAGAGAUAUUUAUAACCUUUCUCGUAUCCAUUUCCAUAGCAUUUGUCGUCAUCGUUUUAUUCAGUCCACACAAACUUUUCACUAAUUUAAAAUCAAAACUGACUUUUUUUCAGCGACAUAUUGCUUCAUAGAAGCCCAUACUAACUCUAUAUGAUUCAAAUCCGGAUAAUAUCUUGGGUAACCGUAAAACUGAAUGUCCUUUAUCCUCGAGUAUUUUGUCAAUUUCAUAGGUUUUAAACAGAGGUUUGUGUAAUUUUAUAAUGUCGUAUAAUUCAAAUUUCAACAUGUCAUCUGUAAAGGAAAUAUUUCGCGUUGUCAGCCACUGCUGCAUUUCUGCUUUCCUUGAAGACAUAGUUGGACAUUUCUCAGUUUGUACGUUGUGAUACCGUGCAUUAACAAUCACUAAAACGCUGUUCGGGGGCAAAUUUGGUAUCAGUUUAUCCUGAAGCCACUUUUUGUAAUUGUCGUAGUUCAUUGCAUCAUGAUAAUCUCCUGUUUUUAUAGUAGGUUUGUAGCGCAGAUAAGCGUUUUUAACAAACCCACUUUCACCUCCAGCAUGCACUAUCACAAGCAUCUGUCCUUUAGAUACUGGUUUUUGUAUGCCCUUGUUUGAACUAUCAGACCAGCUCUUUUGGUAGGUAUGAGAUGAAUGGACGUAUGUUUCAUCCAUGUAUAUAAUUGGGCGAUUUGAGUUCCUUUAACGUUUCAUACUACGUAAGAAAUUCAGUCUAAUAUGUUGAAUAUUAGGCUUUUCCAUUAAUAAUUUUCUAUUAGUUCUGGUUUUUCGCCAACGAAAUCCCAUCUUUCUAAUUACUGUUCGUAGGCUUUCUAUGGAACCUGAGUAGUUACUCCUCUGCAAAUGUUCUAUGUAUGCGUUUCACAGUUGGGACUUGUUUUUGUGUUAUACAAAAAUCCAUUAUAUAACGUCGAAGACGCCCUAUAUCAAAAUCGUCCAAGCACGUUUUUGAAGCGCUUUUUUUUUCUCUUUUUGUUUGGAGUUAAGAACUCCAACAAAUGAGGAAUAUUCGCCAUCUUCAAUUAAUUGCAUUUCCCGAGCAAUUUUUUGAACGCUGCUUAAACUAACACCUGUUGCCAAUACCACACAUUCCUGCACUUUUUUCAAAUCUCUACACGGUUCAUUGUUUUUCGCUUCAUUUAUCAUAAAAUGAAUCACGUUUGCUAUCACUUCCCGUGUCUGAUUAUUUAAAACUUUUCCCUUCAGAUUCGAUUUAAACAAAAUUUGCAAAUUUUAAACUGAUUCUCCUUUGCGGUUCGUACUUACAAAAAAUGUUUCGCAGACUGUACCGACUUGUUCACGUUACAAACGGUAGAUAUUAAGUGAACGCUCAGUGCGAGAUCCGUCGGAUGACGAAUGCGCAUCAUGGGCGUGGUUAUUUUCAGACUUUCAGCUAUUCUUGGUGAACUGUACAAAGGUAGUGUAAAAGGGUUAUCUUUUUAGUUUUGCGUAUAGCCAUAAAGACACAAAAUAUAGAUUUAAAGUGCUUUAUUGCUUUUCAAAAUAUGUCCCACCAAGAUCGAUACACUUUUGCAUAGGUUAAAACCAAUAAUUGUUAAAACGGUUAUUAGUCUAAUCUCAACAUAGGGAUUGGAUACUUUUGGUUCGUCGCGAUUUGAUGGUGAUAUUAUAGGUUUUUUGGGUCGCUGAAUCCAAUGGAAGUGGUCUGGAAGCCCAAAUGUGGUGCGUUUAAUUGUUAUUAAAAAAUUAUGGUAAAAUUAGGGGUUUUUCAGGAAUUAUUAGAAGCCCUGUAAAUAAAUUGAUAGUGUUAAGGUCUUCUCUGGUGUAUUUUUGGUCGCUGAAUCGAAUGCGACUAGUCGCGAUUACUCAAAAUAUGUUCUUAUUUUGUUAAUAACAAAAUAAUAGUUUAUUCGCCGAAAAGCUCGAAAUGCGCUAUCUACAGCAAAUUUGUAGUCUUUUUUAUAGUAUUUUUAUACGCUAAAUCGAUUGCCGCUAGUAGUGAUAGCUUUAACCACGUUCCGACUUUGUUAUUAAUAAAUUAUUGCAAAAAUAACGGUUUAUAGUACGUUCACUCACGGUUUUUGCUCUAAAUUUUAAGAAACCACUUGGAUUGACAUGAAAUUUGGCAUACACGUAGUCAAACAAAACAAGUGAUAUUGUAUCGAUGUCUGAUUUUACCCUGGGGGUGAGUUUUAUCCCUUUUCGGGGAUGAAAAAAGAAAUCUUUAAAAUAAGUCCAUUGUUCUAUACAGUUUUUUCACAAAGUCAAUACUUUUCAAGUUAUUUGGUUUUUUUGUUGAAAAAUGAACAUAUUCAUUCGCAAAUAACUCGAAAAGUAUUGACUUAGUGAAAAAAUUAUAGAACAAACGUUGCUUAGAAUGAAUCAGUUUAUCCAAUUCCGGACUUCUUUUAAAAGUUUCUUCUUUCACCCUCGAAACGGGGUGACACUCACGACCAGGGUAAAAGCAUACAUCGGCACAAUAUCACUUGUUUUGUUUGACAUGUUAGCUACGUGCAUGCCAAAUUUCAUGUCAUUCCAAAUGUUUUUUAAAAUUUAGAGCAAAAACCGUGAGUAAACGUACUAUAAACCGUUAUUUUUGCAAUAAUUUAUUAAUAACAAAGUCGGAACGUGGUUUAAGCUAUCACGACUAGUGACAAUCGAUUUAGCUUAUAAAAAUACUAUGAAAAAGACUACAAACUUGCUGUAGAUAACUUAUUUCGAUCUUUUCGGCGAAUAAACAAUUAUUUUGUUAUUAAUAAAAUAAGAACACAUUUUGAGUAUUCGCGACUAGUCUCAUUCGAUUCAGCGACCAAAAAUACACCAGAGAAGACCUUAACACUACCAAUUUAUUUACAGGGUUUCUAAUAAUUCCUGAACAACACCUAAUUUUAGCAUAAUUUGUUAAUAACAAUUAAACGCACCACAUUUGGGCUUCCAGACCACUUCCAUUUGAUUCAGCGACCCAAAAAACCUAUAAUACGUUCCACGGUUGUGUGACAGUUAACUUUGUUUUUCGACACCAAUUGACGCGAACCGCUAUUUGCUCUUCUGUGAGGAAAUGAGGGAUCCAACGGGAAACCAACUUCGUAACACCCAGUUCUUCACGUAAGAUCUUUUGGAUCGAGAUCUUUCAAAUGCCCAAAGAUGCCUCUAUCUCAUGGUAUGUUAACACGGCGGUCAUCCUUAAUUAGCUGACGAACCGCAUCAAUGUUUUGCUGUGUGACUGGUGUUUUGGCUGGACCUGGCCUGGAUUCGUCGCUGAGACUGGAGCGACCACGUUGAAAUUCGCAAUAUCAGCGGGAAAUAGUUGACUGGUGUGAUGCUUCUUUCCCAAACACAGAAACCAUUUCAGCGAGACAUUGUUGUUGGUUUCCUCUCCGAAAAUUGUAAAAAAUUAUUGCUCAAAAAUGUUCUUGGCUAAUUGCUAAUUUCAAAAAUUCACUGUAUCUACACUUGACAAAAAAUGAGGUUCCAUUUGUGUCGGAAGGUUUUACUGGUGGCGCCCUCUAAGCGGCUAUAUGCAAAACUACAUAGACAAACCUCGUAUCACAAAAUUUAAAGGUAACACUCAUGUUAAUUAUUACGUAUGUUGUUUGUCCACUAUAUAAUUCCACCCCGUAACAGAUGUAUUGAGAAUGUAUUUUCCUCGCUUAAAAUAGCUUAUUACACUUCCAAUAUUUUAAUCCAGACUUGGAACAGUAUAUGUUUAUCGAUCCUCAUCGAGUCGGUAACAUGUUCAAUUUCUCUCUCCUGUCGUUUCCCCAUUACUGAGGAUCGUGAUUUCUUCCAAUAUUCCUAACAAUGUUUCUCUAUUGGUCUCUAUCUUCAGCUGCUCUAAGAGCGUCGCACAAUGAGUUUCCAGCUGAAUGCUUUAUUUGGUCAGACCAUCUAGUUGGUGAUCGUCCUCUUGAUCUUCUCCCCGGAACGUUUCCAGAAACAAUUAAUCUCUCCAAACUGUCGUCACCUCUGCGAACCACGUGACCAAAUAAUUGCAGAAUUCGUUGCAGACAUAAUGUGGACAGCCUUUUUUUAAUAUUGAGUUGGUUUAAAAUGGAAACGUUUGUCCUAUGAGCUGUCCAAGGUAUGCGCAGCAUUCUUCUCCAGCACCACAUCUCAAAGGCAUCAAUUUUUUGGCGCUCGCAUGCGCAAAGAGUCCAAGUCUCUGCUCCGUAUAGAAAUAUUGAGAAUACAAGGGCAUUCACCAGUCUCAUCUUGAUAUUUUGAGAGAUAGAUCUGCCAUACCAUUAUCCAAAUAUCAUUUUUUGCCAUACUAAUAUGUCUCCGAACUUCUGCUUCACAGUUACCAUCGUUAGUUAUACUAGACCCGAGAUAGACAAAGGUGUUUACUAUCUGGUAUUCCUGUAAUCUGUUAGUCAGUUGAAUAGUGUCAAAUCUGUCGACCACCAUUAUUUUUGUCUUAGCUUUAUUGAUUUUCAGACCAACUUUAUUUCUUUCGUACUCAACUCUUCGCAGAAGAUCAAACAUUUCUUGGUUAUUUGCUGCUAUAAGUGUAGUGUCAUCAGCAAAUCUUAAAUUGGAGAUUUUCCUACCAGCUACUGUUACUCCACCGGCCCAUCCUUCUAAAACCAUCCUCAUGACAUGUUCACCAUAAAUGUUAAAUAAGUCAGGUGACAACACGCAUCCUUGUCUAACACCUCUCUCGGUCUUGAAUUGGUUUGAGAACUUCUGAUCUAGCCGUACUGUCGCUAUAUUAGACUGGUACAGAUUUUUAAUAAGUGUCACCAGGUGCAUUGGUGCGCCCAUUUCUAUUAAAAUUGACCACAGAUUUAUCCAGCUUACACAAUCAAAUGCCUUUUGGUAGUCAACGAAGCAUAUAAUCAUAGAUACUUGAAAUUCUCUAGACUCUAGACUUUUCAAUGAGUUGUCUCAGGUUCAGGAUUUGUUCCCUUCGUUCCUAUCGUCUUCGAUUAUAUGGGAGUAUAAUAUACAUCGCAAAUUUAAUUUACCAUGACCCUAGAUGCUAAAAUUUUCCUAGACGCUUUCAAAUUACCCCAAAAUUGUGGGAAAAUACACCAAUCUGGCAACCCUGUUUCUAUCUACCGUUUGAAACACCACCGAACCCGAACAGCUGUUUGCUGUUCGGUCAUGGGCGGUGGCCGACGAUGGGUAUUUACUUUUACGGUCAUCUACCCAUCCUGUAGCAUGUUCCGAACAAUCUCUCGUGCUCACUCCAACUUGUACUAUUUCUACAUAAGGUUCUCUUUGUUACUUCAAACUUUGUUCCUCAAAUCUUAUUUCUAAUAUAACGUUUAAGAAAUAACUAUCUCAUAACUGUGAAGAAUGCAUCACACCGAAUUUUACCUAAAUAGUUAUGGGCAUCGUUAUACCUGAGAGUAAUCUUAACUUUAACUCAAACGUUAAAGAUAACUUCGGUUAUCCAUCAUACGGCUGAUUGUAAUGUUCUUUUCUUAAAGGAUCUUUUGCUGUUUAUAUUUUACAAAUAAGGUCAAAAUAUACUCUUAAUACUUGUUGACAACGCUUCUGGCAACCUAGAAUGAUAAUUUUUAUCGUCCAUACCUAUGAUAUUCAGAAUCAUAUCAAACAUUUAACUAACCAAUCUUUUUAAACAUCCCCAUCGAUGUCUUCCUAAUAACCACCCUUCCGGUUUGAACUAACAGUUGACAAUCAAUCUUCCACAAAACCUUCAAAACUUCCAAUACGCACAAUAAUCAAGUCUUUUUUCUUGAUCCCAAUUCAGACUUUUCGACAUCCUUCCAAGAAUGACUGUCGUUCUGAUUUAAUCUUUACGUCUUGCCAGUUUUUAGUUUAUGCAUUCAUCUAUGUUUUAUGUAGGUAACAUAUUUGUCAAUUGAAUCUCUGGCUUGUUUAGUCUAUAGUUAAUCGUUCUUUAAUUAAGAGACAUUUUGUAUUAAGAGGCAAGGAACAUUUUGACGCCUGUCAAAAUUUUCAAUGUAUUUUAAAUGUAAUCAUUUUUUUCGAAUCCUGGAAAACUAAUAAGUAUUUUUGAAAAAUUUAAACGCAGAAUGAAAGAUAACUGUAUUACCGAGGGCCGAAAGUCCCUUAGAAUAAAUAAAAAGUUUCUUUUGAAUGGUAUAUUUGAAAUUAAAAAUCAUACUACAUUUUCUCUUAGUUUUUCACCCCUGUAACUUACUAAAAUAAACAUAAAAGUUUUCAGGGACUUUCGGCCCUCGGUAAGAACGUAAUCUUUCAUUCUGAGUUUAAAUUUUUCAAAAACACUUAUUAGUUUUCUCAGGAUUCGAAAAAAAUGAAUCCCCAUUUAAAUACCAUUGCAGCCGAAAAUACGUACCCAUCCCCUUAUGUUUUCAUACUGAAAUUCAUCAUCAUCAUCAUCAGUAGCUCGACAACCCUUUUUGGGUCCUGGCUUGUUCUAGGAUUUUCCGCCAUUCUGUUCUGUUCCUUGCUUUGUUCUUCCAGUGGGUAAUCUCAAGUGUUUUCAGAUCUUGUUCCACGUAUCUAAGUUUGGGUCUUCCCUUUGACCUUCUCCCUACUGGUGUUUGCUUCAUUAUGUGUUUUGGUGUUUCGGUCUCCAACAUUCGUUCAACAUGGACCAUCCAACGCAGACGUCCGAUCUUUACGGAUGUUAUGACGUCGGGUUCGUUGUAUGCUGCGUAUAGUUCAAAAUUAUAUCUUCUGCGGCAUACGCCAUUUUCUUUCACCCCCUUAUAUAUGUGUCUAAGGAUUUUUCGUUCAAACAUACCUAAUAAGUUCUCAUCGCUUUUCGUCAGUGUCCAUGUCUCUGAUCCAUAUAUAAGGACCGGUUUUAUCAGGGUUUUGUAUAUUUUGCAUUUGGUUUUUCUCGUGAUGUUAGAUCUUAGAUGUUUAAUGAGUCCACAUGAAUUCUGAAAUUCAGUUCUUUCUAAAGUUUCUAUACCAUUCUAGAUAAUUUCGGAACUCCGUGUCUUCUUCAAUACAUGUCAUAAUUUUAUCAAUGAUAGGGUCCAGAUUUGAGUUCUUUAUUAAUCUAUAAAUGGCAACACACAUCAUAGCAUUAGUUAAUUUGAAAGUAUCAUCAACACUUGCACGAGAUUGAUGUUUUUUGGAAUUCUGCUUGUUGAGUCUAUAUUCUUUAUUGUAUUUACUUAACUCUUGCACAAUUAAUCUAAUAAUGUAAAUUACAAAUAAUUUAAGAAUAUUUCUUACAGUAACAGAAAAUAAUAUUUCCUUUCCAUUGAGCUAGUUUGAAACUACCCGAAAAAUUGCAUGAAACUUGAAUCAUAUUAAAAUAUUCUAAAAACUUAAAUUAUACUAAUAUAUUGUUUAAAAAGAAAUGUCUUCUACACAAACCCAUCUAUAGGGCUCCUCAUUCACAGUCAUUUGUUUCGAGCUUCUGUCAUGUGUCACAUAAUAUUAAUAUAUCUACAUCAUACGUUAUUGGUAUGUACCAAUGGUACCAAUGAUACAAACCAAAGACGUAUGACGUAGAUAUAUUAAUAUGGUCCUUUUCAUGAGUAUUUUUCAGUGCGUCACAAAUGAUAGAAAAAAAGGUAAGUCCGUGAUAAUACACAUUUAUAACAUUAAUACACAUUUAUAACAUUCCAACAUGGCAUUUUAGUUAAAUCUGACAGUUGUCACAUUUUAUUUGCAAUUUGGCAUAAAAACAAAUCAAUUGUGUUUAUUGCAUUUAUAAAAUGGUAUUUUCUUUGAUUUGUAUAGUCUUGUACAGAUGAUAUUCGUAGAUAUAUAUUAUAAUUCGUAAAUAAUUUUUUUUCGAUUAUAGCGCCAUCUAUGGACAACUAAAAUAAAUGUUAUAAAUGUCUGUAAUCACCGACGUGCCUUUUUUUCAGUCACAUACAAUUUAAUGCGUUAGAAAGAAAUCGAAAAACUGUGACGCACUGAAAGAUGCUCAUGAGAAAAAGAAUAUGUGACAUGACAGAAGCUCGAAACAAAUGACAAUCGAUGAAAAGCCCUAUACAGGAAGAACCGAAAUGUUUGGUAAUAUUAUAUCUAAAAAUAUACAUAUUUUGGUACGGUCAUGAAAGUACUUCAUGUGAUGAAUUUAUUAUUCUGUGUCAUUCUUUUAGACUUUAACUUUAUUCCCGUAUUUAUAAUAUUGUAAUAUGUAGCAGCAAAUCUCAAAACGAUCUCAACCGAUUGUGAAAUGCCUCUUCCAACGUAAUGUUUUACGGCUGUGCGUACGUGAGAACAUGCUAUCUUCAUAUUUUUUUCUUUCAGGAGGUUCUACUAUGUGAAAAGUGUUUUGGUUGUCUACAAUUUGCUUUCUUUUUCAAAUUUGCAGUUUGUUAAUUUUCUUUAUAUAAAUUGACUGCUUCAAACUAAUGAGACAGGUUUUCUAAUGUUUUGAUUAUGAAUACAUGCGUUUAUAAAAUUAUCUAGUCCUAGUAUUUUGAUGACGAUUAUAUCACUUUUUAAAUGCAUUUAACCCUCUAGUACUUAGGCAAAAUGGUUUUGAUGAAAAUCUCUGUAUAUAAAACUCUUUCCUGAAGUACCAUUUAAAGCAAAAUGUAUAUGUAUUGCUUUCCUAUAGGAUUUAUUAUUAUAAAUGGGAAAUAAGCCACCAUUUAACUUAAAAACUGAUUUUAUUGACGUUUCGACUUCCGAUUCGGCCGCCGUCAUCAAAAUACAAAAUAUUACUAGUAUUUCUACAGGAAUCAAGUAUACAAAACGUCUUGGGCGUUUAUCACUUCUUUGCUGCUAAUCAAAUUGUACAAAAUAGAUUUUUUUUCUUGAACUAGGUGAGACAUCUUCUAUUUGUCAUUAUUGUGUUAUAAUCUGGUCAUAUUGUACCCAAUUGCCUUAUUGUGGAUCAUCUAGUGCCUUGUAUCCAUGCAUAUAUGGUUGUUGUUUCAGGUUCUCUGAUUAUGAUUAUUGAGUUGAUUGAGUAUUUUCCAUAGUAUGUCAGCCCUAUUAGCGUACGUCCGUCCAAUAUGCAUUUUGUCAUGUGCUCGACCAAGUAAACUUUCUAGGUCUAGAUAGUUCUAGAAUAACUUAGCAAAGGUCCCAGUCCUUUUAUUUAACUCCACCAAUAAGUCUUUUUUCCUAUUUCCCCAUCACAAGUUUUGUAAUUGUCGUUAGUUUCAGAUUUCCAAUUGUUGUUGCCUUUUUUUGAUCUCAUUUCUUUAAACAAUGUUGAAUACCCUGAUUUUUCCAAAAUGGUUCUUCUCCAGUGCCUUGCUUUAAUGAGUCCGCUAGUUAAUUCCUUUGGAUUCCUUCAUGCACCAGCACCCAAGCAUAAAGCAAAUUGAAGAUCACUAGUUAUAUUGCAUAAUCUCAUUAAUAAUAUGAUGUUAAUUUAAUUCUUUUAGUAAACGGUGUAUAUGCCUGCUGAAUUUAUUUGCUUUGUAAAUUGUCGGAUAACAGAGAUUCUCUUGUGAGUAUUGUUUAAGAUUUAAAACACAUCAUGAUAACAGUUUUAUACCACAUAUACAUAUAUGUCCUACAGAAAAUAAUCCUUUCGAUCGGGUUUAAUAAUUUUCAAAAUUAUGCUUUUCUACAUUUAUAAAUUAUCUUAAAAUACGCUAACUAAAAUAAAUUUAAUAUUCGACGUUUUAGUCGAUCUAGAACAUUCUUUGUGUUGAUAUAUUUAUAAAAUGUGGACGUUUCAUUUCUGAAUAAAAAGACAAGUUGUAAUAAAACUUUGCUAUAAAUCUUUUAAACUUUGACAUAAUUCUUACUAGGUGACUCGAGUAAGUAGUUUAAUAUUGAUGUGUAACUGUGUAGUUCGCUAAACUAUGUAAAAAUGUAUAAAGUUGUCAAUUUAAAAAAAAUUAGUGAGAGUAAUGUUGAAAAUAAAUAUUUUAAGCAAUCUAAAACAAAAUCUCUAAUAUAAUUUUGUUGAUAUGGCUCUUUCGAAAAUAUGUUUUAAGAUAUUUUUAUCUCUACUUUUUUGACACUCAAAGUAGUUCCAAUGUCCACGUACAUUAUUAACUUUUGACAAAGUUCAAAAUUUGUAACCAAUCAGAUAGUUUAAUUACAUCUACCGAAUAUUACAUAGUUGCAGAGUGUUUAA